GUUUAAGAGAAAAUGUAAAAGAUACAAGAAUUUAUUCUCCUUUCUUAUGUUAACUUUCAGUUAAUGCCUGUUGUCCAUCUCUGAUUUAUGUCCUAGAUAACGGAGUGCUUGCCAUCAUAAUAAAUGUAUUUGCUAUUGGCAGUGUAGGAUGUAGUUGCAUAUUGCGUUUUCUGCAGCAAUGAAACCGGUCACAGCGAAGUACGUCAUCAUCUUUAUUACUGUGCAGUACAAUGUCACCUAUGCCACUGAUGACAAGAGCGAACACAUUCAUUUUUAUGGCUAUGGUCCAAAAGACAUUGCCACUAUCUUCUUCUACAUGCUCAUAGCUAUUAUUCUGCAUGCUGUGAUCCAGGAAUACAUAUUAGAUAAAAUUAAUAGACGUCUGCAUUUGUCAAAAACAAAGCACAGCAAAUUCAAUGAAUCGGGACAGCUAGCGUUUUUCUACUUGUUUUCAUUUACAUGGGGAGCAAGUAUUUUGACUGCAGAAGAAUUCAUGAUGAACCCAACCUCACUGUGGAAAGAUUAUCCCCAUUCUCGUAUGCUUUUUCAGGUAAAAUUCUUCUAUAUUUGCCAGAUAGCCUAUUGGCUUCAUGCACUACCAGAGCUAUACUUCCAAAAGAUCCGAAAGGAAGAUGUUCCAAGGCAGCUGUGUUAUAUUUGCCUUUACAUUGCUCAUAUCUCUGGUGCCUAUAUAUUAAAUUUGCAGCAUUUGGGGCUAAUUCUGAUGGUACCUCACUAUUUAGUGGAACUCAUUUUUCAUGCCUCACGUAUUUUCUACUUCAGUGAUGAAAACAAGCAAAAAGGAUUUACCAUUUGGGCUUUACUUUUCGUAAUGGCACGUCUUUUGACCCUAACUUUAUCUGUCCUCACAUUUGGAUUUGGUCUGGCAAGAGCAGAGAAUCCGGGUUUUUCCAUAGCAGAUGGAAACUUCAAUGUACUCACUGUGAGGGUUAGCUGCCUGACUGCUGUUUGUCUAACACAGGCCUGGAUGAUGUGGAAAUUUAUAAAUUUCCAACUGAAGAAAUGGAGAGAGCAUAUUCAGAACCAGAUUCCUAAGAAAAAAAUAACUAACAUAAAGAGCAAACCAACAAAAAAGGAACCAGACAGAGCUAACUUUGUCAAUGGAGCAGCAAAAUUGGAAGAUGGAGCAUCACCAAGAAUAAGAAAAUCAAAACCAGUAUAAGCUAAUACUAGAAGACAAC